UGACUGCAUCGUUUCCGAGUCGGAUAAAAAACGUAUCUGUAAGCUAUGUAAAGCACGGUAGCACAUUCCUACGCAGAGGACAUUCUGCCCUACAGAACACAUGGCUCUUGUUAUUGUUGUUGCAAAAUUCCACGUGAGCAGCAAGGAAUGUUUCUUAGUGGUUUCCCUCGAUGUUCCAGGGGUUGCCUUAGAGAGCGUACACCUAGAGGGCUACUAGAUCCCUACCGCAGUAGCGAGGCCUUGCCAAAGGAUUUUCUCAUCUCUCCUCUGUUAUAUGGUAUUCAAUUCCUCCGCAUGCCCGACUCGCACGUGUUUCCUGUGUGGUGGAGUGGGGGGAGCAGUAGCAGAGGUUGGGGCCAGGGCUGGGGCUUAGGCUGUGGCUGCUGCAUGCCAUGGGAGCCAGUGGGGCAGGGAGAUGUGGACCAGGACCAAGUCCAGGCCAAGGCCCCGACAUUUGACUGCCCCGUCUGGUGUGUCCUGUGCCGGGGGGGGCGGGCCAAGUUCCGAGAGGCCUGCCAGAGAGGGAGAGGGGCCAUCCGGCUCCCAACAGAUAUGCUCAGCAUUAAACUGCCCCAGCUCUUCGACAUCCACCAAGUCCCCAAGGUUUUCCGGGAGGAUGGCAUUAUCUCAGGCUACCGCCACCCCCGGAGUUCAGCCUUGGACUGCAUCCUCAGCAGUUUUCAGAUGACCAAUGAGACGGUCAACAUCUGGACCCACUUCCUGCCAACAUGUCUCUCUCUUUCCCUCAGGUAUUUCCUGUGGCGUUUCAGCGUCCUGUGCUCCUCGCUGAGCUUCCUGUCAGACAGCUACACCUGGCCUCUGCUGGUGUACAUGCUGCUGGUCUGCGUCUACCCCUUCACCUCCAGCUGCGCCCACACCUUCAGCACCAUGUCGCCCGAGUCCAGGCACGUCUGCUACUUCUUUGACUACGGAGCCCUCAGCCUGUACAGCCUGGGUUGUGCCAUAACUUACGGCUCCUACGUGAUGCCAGACUGCUGGGUCAACAGUUGGCUGCACCAGCAUUUUGUGCCUAUUGCUAUUGGCAACACGCUAUUCUGCACCAGUCUGUCCUGCUAUUCCAGAUUCUUGGAGCUGCAAUACCCACACACAAGUAAAAUUCUACGGACAGGGGCAUUCGUCAUUCCAUUCAUCUUUGACAACAUACCACUAUUUUACAGAUUGCUCCUAUGUUGUGGGGGUAACUGCAGCCACAGUGAUGCACUAUCCAGUCACUGCUACCACCUCCUCUUCGCCGUUCUCACCUGCUUCCUGUUCGCCUCCCACCUCCCAGAGAGGCUGGCUCCCGGGCGCUUCGACUACUUUGGUCACAGUCACCAGCUCUUUCACAUCUGUGCCGUGGUGGGCACCCACUUUCAAAUGGAAGCCGUACUAGCCGACAUGACCUCCCGCAGUGCCUGGCUCAUCGCCCAGGGGGCGCUUCCUUCCUUCCUGGGUACGGUAGGGGCACUGGCCCUGGGCCUCCUCCUAAACCUGGGCAUCAUUGGCAUCUUCAGUGCCCCACUGCUUUGGAACCCACGUCAGAGCUCCAAUCAACCACACAUGCUUCCAUGUGAAGACAAGGAACAUUGAGGGGGUCAAUCCCCACCAGUUGGAAAAAGGCUGACCAGUACCUUUCAUUGGAAAGGGAUGGCUAAAUCCCAUUGGCUAAUCUAAAAGGAAAGGCAACAUAAAAUAGUUGGAAGUAGAGCUUGUUUAAUCCUGUCGCUUCGGUGUAUUUUUUCUACCUAUUGUUUUGAUACUAAAUCUUGUUAUUAUAACAACGUUAUACAGGUUAAGACAAACGUGUUUACUAUUGUGUUUCACUGUUUACUGAAAAAGCUGAAGACCCAGUCCUUUUGUUAAAAACUUUCAGUUAACAGAAAAGCAUUUAGUGCCACCAUAAAGAUGGAUGUUUCUUACCUCUUACCUAUACUUGAAGGGCUCUGGGUUUAAUGAAGCUGUGUGAUAUCUAAAACAGGACACCUUUCUGUGCCUUAUUGUUGACAGUGACACUAUUAUUCACAAGGCACAAGACAUAACAUUACCUAAACACGGGAUUCCUGAUUGUGAAAAUAUCAGACUGGAAAUAUAAAAUGCAGGGAUUUUCUCAAAUUAAUGCAUUUUGAGUUACCAGCCUCUUGUAAUGCUUUCUUUUAUCAGGUAAUUAUACUUAUGGUUCUGGCCACAAUGUAUACUUUCAAACUGAAGAUUUUACUGGAGUACUAUUGUUCCUCAGGGUUGGAAUAUACACCUAUCAUCAUCUCAUUUACAUUUACCUAAUGAAAAGCAGUUUAGAUUGCCAGGCCCAGAUUGAUAAUUGAUAGCCGUCCAUAAUGGCUUAAAAUUAUUUUCAGGCUAAUGCAACACUCCUUUAGAUUUUUGUCCUUUUACGGCAGUAUUUAGGAUUAAUGUAUGGCCGGGUGGAGUCGUGUCCACAAUUAAAAUUAUGGUAUGUUUCCAUAGCAACUCCACAAGUCCCUGUAAACCCCUGGUCUUGGACAGCAAAUUAUACUGUAAAUGUGCAGUAAGUGGGCAGUAAGUGUUUAAUUUGAGACUGUUACAUAUAAAAAAAAUUGGUCAUCUGAUGUUUUGACUCAUGUUUUGAAAAAAUCCUGAUAUUACUAAUUGUAUCUUGGUUUAUGGUUGCGUCUAAGCAAAUAACAUUUCAAAAUAUGUCAACAGUAAUUAUUUGAAAUUGCUCAGUUAUUUUGCAAAUGGUACAGUAGUGUUUUUGAAAGAAACACAAUGGUCAUUAUCGAAGCAAUUCUUGAGGAAUGUUAGUAAAGAACACACCAUAUUGGUGACAAUUUUGUCACAAAUGUAUACAACAUUUUUUUAAGAUUAGUAUUACAGAUUGGUUUAAUGCAUUACACAAACAUCUUGGAACUAUGUCGUGGGGGUCAUUGCAAAGUUACGACAAUACAACUUCCUGCGCUAUUUAUUUCAUAGUCUGAGGCUAUUGUUUACAUGAAUCAUUGACAUUAUAUGUUGUCUUAGAUAUAUGUUUAUUUGUAGUAUAUCAGCAGUUACUAUCUUUAGUUAAAAAUUGGUUGGGUUCUGUCGGAAGUGACAUAAUCGCACCCUAUUUUAUGAAAUUAAGUUAUUAGAAUAUCUUCAAAAGACUAUUUGUAUUUCAUUAAUAACAGUUCCCAAAUUAUGAUAUUUCAAAGUUUCCAAUGUUCCACCUGAGACUUGUUUUUUUUUAAGAUUGUUAACUCCAGGAUAUGUGCUCCUUAUGCUGCUGAUUCCAAUUCAGAUGUGCAUUGUGGGAAUGAUUGAAAGGAAGGAAAGCAGUGAAAAGACUGACGAUCCUGUAGUUCUAUUACACAUUACAGCUAUCAUAGAGAAAAACAGAGCAUUUUUACAUUAAAGAUCAACAUAGUGUUAUAUGUCACACCCUUAGACCCUUUCAUUGACACACCCACACACAGACACACACACACACACACUUUAGGGCAUUUUUGUUGGUAGCGCAGCUCUGUGCAGUAUGUGUAGAGGCUUUGGAGAGUUAUGAGGGAAUAGUACGUGAUAUUGUGGUCUGUGAGGGAGCAGGACGUUGUAUAGCAGAAGUUUGACAAGGUAAUGCUGAAUAUAAUGCAUGUGCACUGUAGGAUAACUGCAGAAACACACUUACAAACACACACACACAGGCUGGUCGGCUGCCAAACCUGAAAAGAUGUAGCCUUCAGACCUGUCUGACUGAAUAUUUUAUUGCCAGAGUGAAAUCAUUUUUGGCUUACAAUGUUGUACCUAGGUAAUGCUUUGCUAGAUUUUAAUCAAGCUGGUAAUCUGAAAAUGUUUAUUUUUAUUUUUUAUACAGCAUUUAAAAAGUGUUCACCACACUUUUCUAUGGAAAUGUGUCAUUACCAGCCUUUGCUGGGCCAUAUUGAUGAAUGGCAUCUGAAUUCACAUACUCUCAAAUUGUGACUAAGUUCAGAUCAUAAAAAUAAUUAACUAUAUUCUUCAGAGACAAAACACUAUUUUAAAUGUUGCCAAUUAUGUCAAAACCGAUUGACUAGGUGUACAUAUUUGGUUGAGGGUAUUGUUAUAGUCAUUGUUCACAUUCAGUGUAUUGGUACAUGGUGCCGUUUCAGUAUUGAGAGCAAAAUGUACCUAAACUCAGUGGUCAUACUGUCAAAUGAAGUAAAACAAGGAUGAAGUCACAAGUCUAUCAAAAUGAAACAUCGUAAACAUAAGGUUUGAGUAUAGCAAGGAGACAAGAAUAGUGGAGCCAAGUGAUAGUAGAUUUUUGCACCACUGAUAUUGUUUAAAUAUUAUACAAGCUGCUUCAGAAAAAAAUAUAACUACCAUUUGGAGAGAAAUGUUUUGUAAGAUUAUAGUUUAUUUUGUAUAAUUAAACUUUGUGAAAAACAUGUAAUCUUCACUGGAAUACUUGUUCAAUAAAAAAGACUUA